CGUAGUCGGGCCGUAUUUUAUUUCCGGAAGUGAGGUCUUCCGCCUCGGCCGCGGCGGCUGGGGUCGGGGUGGGCAGCGCCGCUGCCGCCGCGGAUGGGGGAUGCUCGCAUCCGCGUGGGGCCGGCUCCAGCACAGCGAGAUUUAAUUAUGCCUCAUAGCUCUUAAGAGUUUGAAAUAGAUGUCUUCAGAGUACAGAACGAUCUAGAAGAAAAUGGAAGACAUACAGAUCAUUGCACCCAACAUGAUGAAAACUGAAGAAGAAACCAUCCCUGGCAUUAGCCGUCAGAUUUCUGUUAGUGAAUUUUCUUGCCACUGCUGUUAUGACAUCCUGGUGAAUCCCACCACCUUGAACUGCGGACACAGUUUCUGUCGCCAUUGCCUGGCUCUAUGGUGGGUGUCCUCAAAGAAAACAGAGUGUCCGGAAUGCCGAGAGAAAUGGGAAGGUUUUCCUAAAGUAAAUAUUCUGCUCAGAGAUGCCAUUGAAAAGUUAUUUCCUGAUGCCAUCAAAUUGAGAUCAGAAGACAUUCAGCAGAACAAUGAUAUAGUCCAUAGUCUUGCAGCCUUUCACAAAUAUGGGAAUGAUCAAAUUUCCAUCACCCCAAAUGCAGGGCGAGCAAAUCCUCAAAGGGGAGGAGGAUUUUUUUCUGGAGUACUGACAGCUUUAACUGGUGUGGCAGUGGUUCUACUUGUAUAUCACUGGAGCAGUAGAGAGUCAGAGCAUGACCUACUUGUUCACAAAUCUGUUGCUAAAUGGACAGCUGAAGAAGUCAUCUUCUGGCUAGAGCAACUGGGCCCUUGGGCCUCUCUUUAUAGAGAAAGAUUUUUAUCUGAAAGAGUUAAUGGAAGAUUGCUUUUAACAUUGACAGAUGAAGACUUUUCAAAGGCUCCAUAUAACAUAGAGAAUAGUAGCCACAGAAAAGCCAUCAUAAUGGAACUGGAGCGUGUCAAAACUUUAGGAGUAAAGCCCCCACAGAAUCUUUGGGAAUACAAGGCUGUCAACCCAGGCAAGUCAUUAUUCUUGUUGUAUGCCCUGAAGAGCUCUCCAAGACUCAGUAUGUUGUAUCUGUACUUGUUUGAUUAUGCAGAAACCUUCUUACCUUUCAUCCAUACAAUAUGCCCUGUGCAAGAAAAAGAAGAUCUCAUCACAAAAUUUCUUGACUUUAAAGAGCCCACUUGGAAGCAGUGGAGAGAAUUCCUUGUUAAAUACUCUUUCCUUCCGUAUCAAUUGAUUGCUGAAUUUGCCUGGGACUGGCUAGAUGUGCACUAUUGGACGUCACGAUUUCUUAUUGUUAAUGCCAUGUUGCUCUCUGUUCUGGAGUUAUUUUCCUUUUGGAGGAUUUGGUCAAGGAAUGAAUUGAAGACCGUACCUCACAUCAUGUGGAGCCAUUUUUGGAAAGUAUCGACGCAGGGACUCUUUGUGGCCAUCUUUUGGCCUAUUAUUCCUCAGUUUAUUUGCAACUGUUUAUUUUACUGGGCCCUGUACUUUAACCCGAUUAUCAACAUCGAUCUCGUGGUCAAAGAAGUCCGCCGACUCGAGACCCAAGUGUUGUGAAUGAAGCCGGCCUUCAGCGGCCCGAGCUUUGACCUUGGAGAGCGGCGGGGGCUGCGGCGGGAGCGGGGAGGGAGGCUCCGCUUUUCUAUAAAGAGUGAUAAAAGGAGCUGCUUUUUUUAAAAGCUACACAGAGUUUUUCUUGGCAUGGGAAACAGGACCCAUCAGUCCCCCACCGGUAUCGGUUUAUUCAGAUUGUACAGCAGUGAUACCUGCCACUUACUAUAACUACCUCGCAAAGGUGUUGUGAGGUUCCACGAGAUGAUGGCUUUGAAGGACUGCUAGGAGCUCCUCAGAGAAGACGGUACAUGCAUUAAAGUAUCAUGGAACUGGGCUGUGUGUGUUUGCUUCUCGAUCGGCCUCCCGGGCGGGCGUCUCCUGGGGCCGCUGCGAGGCGGGGCCCUGCCGCAGGGAGCUGCCCGCCACAAGGGGUGGGGCCUGAGGCCAGCCUCUUGGGAGGCAUCCAGGUGAAACCUCGCCGCUCGCCGACUAUCCCCUCCUGGCCACUUUUAAUCAAUGUUUUGUGUCCUUUUAUUUUAAAAGGGAGAUUGAACAACUUUGAGCAAUUAAUGAAGACUAAUGUAGCCACUCUGCUCUCUCCAGGCUUCCUAAAAAUCAUUUUCUCUGAAAGAAUUGCAUCUGUGACAAAUUUCAGGAUUGUACUUUUGUUUAAGAAACGUUCGGUCAUCGACCUCAUGCUGUGUCUUUUUGUCAUGGUGGUGUGGAUGCCGGUACCCAAAGCUGUGAUUACUGAAGUCGGCAGGGUCCGCCCCGGCCCAGGAGAGCGGGCUGUUCAGACAUGGCCGAUUUCUAUCCAGAGGGAGGUGCGUGGCGGCUUCAUGAAGCCUUCUUUGACCCUUUGUAUCUUGUCUUAGAAAUGAGCAUUUCCUAUUUGCAUCUGAAGGUUUCAAAAAAUGACUUCAAACAAAAAUAAAGGGUUUUUUACAAAGAA